UCGACGGAUAGGAGUUCCUGCAUCUAUUUGAUUGUUUAUUUUCAGUUUUGUGGAGUAAAUCAAAUGGAUAACCACAGACGAAAGUUCCAAACUAGCACAACCAUUGGACAUAUGUAUUUGCAGCCUUCUCCGUUUUAUUUAAAAACGUGCAAGAAUGCCCCUCUUCCUCCAGUCCUCCAGCGUCAGAAAAGAGUGCCGUCCUCUGCUCACUUCUCUCUCACCUCACACACUGAGCAUGACCGAAAGCCACUAAAUGGACCUCUGUACAAUGAAAUCCACUCUAAAGCCCCUCCGCACUGGACCACACACUUCCUCGAUGAGCUGGCCCAGAGGCUCAGAGACCAUCCAACGGUGCGAGUGGUCUCUAACCCCAUCAGUGAAAUGCAGGACCAGUACAGAGGUCAAUUAGCCGCAUGUGCACCUCUUGGUGAACACUAUAGCAAGAUACAGGCACUGUACCGACAGCUGGAAACGGCUCAGGCGUUCAUGCAAGAACCAGCCCGUAGCACAACCAAAGCAGACUUCAAGCACUUUCACAGGUCAGAUUUGUCUCCUCGCUCCGUCCUGGAUGCAGCUACCUUUAAUGGAAAACUUACCAAGAGCGGGGCUCACAGCCGACUUCCUGCUCACAAAGCUCCAUCCACUUUAUCAUGUCAACCCCGGCUGCCUCGCCCACCUCUCCCUUUGCCCCACAGGGGCAAAAGCAGUCUGUAUAUGGACAGUUUUAUGGUACCUGUGCCUCCCUCAACAUCACAAGCUGCUGACAUUGCACAAAGCGGGGUGAAAUGGGAAGAAGAUGGUGGUAGAGGCCUGUUACUGGACAUUUUAGGUGUUCCUAAAAUGUAUAGUACUGAGAAUCAGACAUAUGGAAGAAAUAGGAUGUCAGUGGUAUAAGAAAAAAGUUUGAUUUUCAGUUUUGCUGUAAUUGAUCUGAACUUAAACAAAAAAUGGUUUCAUCAAUAUUGCUUAAUUUCUGUUCUUUUCCUGCGUCACUCAGAGGGUCUGUAAUAAAUGGAGAACAAAACA